GCAGAGUUGUCGAAACCAUCCAGAGGUUGAUAGUGGAUGUGAUGUGCAAACUAAGAAGAUGGAUGUGUUAUGGAUUUGUUUUCCUUUGCAUGUUUGUAGGCGCUUAGACGGACUAUAAAUAUUCAUGUAACAAGGAUGCAUUGAGGAUUACUGUGAUGUUUUAUUAAAAAAAUUGGAUAUAUUUUCACACAAUUCUGGCUGUGUACUGUUCCAGAUAACAGGCACACGAAAACAUGGCGACAAAUCUUCAUAAAUUUCGGCACUCAAAUUUUAAGUUACAUGUGAAUAUUUGCCGUUACUGUGUUCUAAUAAUUGUGUUUUUAACUAUUAAUCGCGAGUGUUCUGCAUUUUCUCAAAAUCAGCAAUGGUUAGAAUCAUCGAACCAUCAUGCUGGAAGGAUAAAUCUUAGGAAUAUUGAUCUUGAAAUUGACCCAUCGAAAAGAAAAAUAGGUGGAUUUUCAGCAUCAUCUGAUUCUAGCAAUCCUGAUGAUGGGGAAUAUUUCACAGAUACUCGACAAGAGGCUGUUAAUCCAGCUGAUAUGGGUGGAGUUAUAAUUCAGCAGGCCUCCCAGGAUUUAUCAGCACGAUUAAGGUGGCUAAGCAAUGAUGAAAUUGGAAUAACUAACAUGCAGGCCAUCUAUGAUUCUCUACAGUAUGAGGAGAAUAUCAGAAAAGAGCAGGAAAGACUGGAUGAGAUAGUUGAUAGAUUACGAAUACGCUUCCGUAAAUACCUGCAAGUGUUGAGGACCAACAAGAUCACAGUGGAGAACUUGUACAAGUUCCAUGUCAAGCAGCCCAUAACCCUUGGAUACAGCUGCUGUCAUAUGGAAUGCAAGGACUUCAAGUCCCACCCUCUGUAUGGGUGUAAGAUAGCUGGGCACACAAGCUGUGAUCUCAUCCCUCCUAGCAUACCUCGUGGGGCUUUCAAUCCUGGCAGAAAUCUCACUGAGGUUUGGCGCAGCAAUGUCCAGUACUUCCCUAGCUUAAAAUGGCAAUAUUUUAUCAGCAUGGAGGGACUACACAAUGAAUAUCCAGCCAAUAGCUUUAGCAAUAUGUGUGAUACAUCAGGACCUAAGGAUUGCAAUAAUAUUCAUGAUACUAGGCACAGAGAUGUGUUCCUCCGAACCAUACAGCCCCAGAGAAAGUAUGUUGUAAUCCUCAUGGAUCAUGGUAUUUCUAUGAGCCCAACUCAACUUACCACAGCUAAGGCAAUCACGAAGCACCUGAUUGCAUCUUUUUCUGACAAUGACAGGAUUGGAGUGAUAGGACUGACCAACAAGCCCCUGUAUCCCAGAUCUGACCCCUGUCUUCCACACACCAUGGUACCUGCCACCUUUGAGACCAGAUUUUAUUUUAGUAAAUUCAUUGACAAUCUGGAGAAGGUUGAAACAACAACAAACCAUACUCUUGGAUUUUUGAGGGCAUUUGAGAUGAUAGAGAAUUUAAUGAUAGAGAACUCCAUUUCAGACAAUGCCAUGAUCCUGUAUGUGAGCAGGGGACUGCUGUCCUCACUGACAGAAGCCAGAGAGGUCAUGGAAGUGGUAGCCAUACAUAAUGCUAAAACUGGGCACAAAGUUAUCAUCAACACCUACGCUGUCAUUGAUGAUGGUAAGACCAUAAUGUAUGAGAAGAGUUUCUUGAAAGAUGUGGCCUAUCAGCACUUUGCUAAAUAUGAUGUCCAAUAUCGCCUCAAAACUCCUGUCAUUCGUGGCAUCAUGAUGGCCAUCAACUCCACACAAGACCUGAGUUCCAGUGUGGGCAGGUUCUACCUGCCACUCAACCGUACAGCAGAGGAUGAUCCUGUCUUCUCCCUGCCUUACAUUGAUGAGGCUGACAGAGCCCUAACGAUGAGCCUAAGCCAACCGUGUGUGCACACUUUACCUGACAAACCAGACCUGCAUCACCUGAUUGGACUGGUGGGCGUAGAUCUACACAUGGAGGAUGUGGCUCAGGAUAUCACCUACUACAGCCAUUCUGAUAGCUCAUAUGCUUUCAUUGUCACUUCACAGGGCUACACCAUCAUGCACCCAUCCUUUCAGCGACCACUUCGGACACGGGUUCAACCAAUGCACACAGAUAUCCGACAUUUUGAGCAGCAUUCUGGAUUUUUAGAAAUCAGACAAGCAAUACUGAGUGAAGAUGAUGGAAACAUCAGCCUUGUCCUGCGUAUCACCAAUCAGACAGGGAUAGAUGGCCAAUCAUUCCUUGUGGAGCAUACAGCUAGAUAUGUAUGGAAGAAGGUGGAGGCAGUACCAUUCAUUGUUGUUAUCAAGUCCUAUUAUGAGAAAAAGGAGCAGAAACAGCUAAAAAAUGUUUUAAUGCACAACCAACCUGAGCUGGUGUACCACAGGCUGGACCUGUUCCCCAAUGGCAAGAUGUGCUACCAUCUCAAGCAGCUGUCUACACCAGAGAUGAACACAGUAUUUCUGUCAGCCAAUAGCUUCAUCAACCCAUUUGAACAUCUGAGUGAGGAAGAAACUAAGAGGACCAUUCAAAGCUACAUAGCAUAUCUCAAGGAUGACACCAGGCUUAUCACCAACCCAGGACUUAAGUCCCAAGUACGUAACGACGUAGCUGCAACAGGACGUAUCAGCGAGGACUGGCUGAGAAGAUUCAAGGCUAGUGACCUCAAUGACUACAUUGUCCGAAGGUAUGUCAGCACACCCAGUGGUGUCCUGCGAACAUUUCCUGGCACUCUGCUAGACAAGAUGUUUGAUCCCACCAAAAGAGAAUGGUACACAAGAGCAAUGGAGCAUCCAGGUCAUGUGACUUUGUCAGCUCCGUACUUAGAUAUAGGUGGUGCUGGCUACAUUGUCACCAUUAGUCACACCAUAUUUGAAGGAAAACCAGCAUCUUUACACAGUCCCCUGGAUAAAGUUGUGGCUGUCAUGGGUAUGGACAUCACCCUGGGCUACUUCCACAAGCUGCUGGCUGCCAACAUCAAGCCUUGUGAGACCAAGGGGGUCAGGUGUUUCCUAAUGGAUGACAAGGGAUACCUCAUCGCCCACCCAGGACUGAUAGACCCCACAGGGAAGGGACCAGCAGAGCAGCGACACAUCACACACCUGGAACCUUUGGUUGCUAAUGACAUCCUCAACCAUCGUGGCUUUGUACAGAAGAAGUUGUGUAACAGAUACAAUGAUCGUACAGUGCAGAGAUACUUCACAUUCAAUACAAGCUUCAUUGGGGUAUUGACCAACCUGGUGCAUGGGGAGCAGUGUGCUAGGUAUCAGAUCACCCACAUCCCUGGUACCAACGCAUUCCUGGGUCUUGUCAACCACACCUGCGACACAGCUACAGCCUUUUGUCCCUGCAGCAUGUAUGAUCGCCUCUGUUUGAACUGCAAGCGUAUGGAGCAGACAGAGUGUGAGUGUCCAUGUGAGUGUCCUCUAGAGAUGGACUUCUGCAGUGGUCAUUUGUUAGACAGUGAUGACAAAAACCCCAGCUGUCCCCAUGACCCUGAGAGAGAAAAACUGGCGCUGUCUGAAGCUGUGUUCAAACAGGAGCUGGAGCAAUGCUUCAAGCCUCAGUGUGAGAAGAGGAAAAACAAAUUAGAUUGUAUGGGUGUCAUGGAUUGUCAGUGGUGUCAAGUACAGAAAGAUGGCAAAACACCUUUAGAGACACCAUUCUGCUCAUCACAGAGGAUCUGUUUUGGUGGAGUUGUAGGGGCCCACUCCCCUUAUGGGGAUGAAAUAAGUGCUGAUGUAGAGAGUAUAGAGCAGGCCGGUGUAAAAAGUACCCCAGUAGGGCCAGUGGCUGGAGGAAUUAUGGGAUGUUUUCUGCUGCUAGCCCUGGGGGUGUACUGCUACCGGCACCACGUGCACCGCCACAGCCAUCACUACAUCAGCACCCUCCCAGACACCACCAACAGGAUCUCCCAUUACUACAAUGAUGAGGAUCAGGAGGCCGCAGAGGACCUCAGUGCUGGAGAAUGUCACACCAACUUUGUCCUGGCGUCGUUUGAGAACCCUGCCAGUGUUUCUCCGUACCGCGUCAACACAUCAUACAGACGUCCUGCUGGUGGGGACAGUGACCACGGCUACAGCACAAUGACCCCACAUGAAGACAGCGAGCACGCCUCCAUGCCCUGUCUUGACCCCUUGUCCAUCGGCAAAGACAGAUUCAGACCUACAGGGCACACACUGUCACUGUGUAAACCUCCUGUUCUCCCCCCACCCCCACAGUCAUAUUCUAGGCGGAGUCGGAGCCCCACCCCUCCCCAAACUCGUUUACCUACCUCUACAUAUUCAGCUAUACCUGAACAAACAAUUUUACCCUACAGUGGAGGCACCACUGUACUGGGCAUCACUGAACAUAGUCCACAUAGCAUGCUAGCUAAUGUUCAAGUGCAUAUGGUGGAUACACACUGAUAGCCAUGGAUUUAGCUGGAUCCCAUCGAGACAAAUAUCCUCAUGGGAUACACACGGAUACGCAUGGAUCUAGCUUGAUCAUAUUGUGACAAGUGUUCUCCUGGAUUCCAUCACAUCACAAGGAAUUGAUGUGACACUUGCCUGGCACCCAGUGAGCACAGUGUUCUGGUUGAAGUAGCAUCACCAUCUGUGUGAUGGAGGACCAGCCUAGGCUUAGGACAUGGCAUCAGUUCUUGUGUAGAUGUGGAGAGACCUGGGCAUCUUGUGUAGAUGUGGAGAGACCUGGGCAUCAUUUCUUGUGUAGAUGUGGAGAGACCUGGGCAUCUUGUGUAGAUGUGGAGAGACCUGGGCAUCAUUUCUUGUGUAGAUGUGGAGAGACCUGGGCAUCUUGUGUAGAUGUGGAGAGACCUGGGCAUGUAGAUGUGGAGAGACCUGGGCAUCAGUUCUUGUGUAGAUGUGGAGAGACCUGGGCAUCAUUUCUUGUGUAGAUGUGGAGAGACCUGGGCAUCUUGUGUAGAUGUGGAGAGACCUGGGCAUGUAGAUGUGGAGAGACCUGGGCAUCAUUUCUUGUGUAGAUGUGGAGAGACCUGGGCAUCAGUUCUUGUGUAGAUGUGGAGAGACCUGGGCAUCAUUUCUUGUGUAGAUGUGGAGAGACCUGGGCAUCAGUUCUUGUGUAGAUGUGGAGAGACCUGGGCAUGUAGAUGUGGAGAGACCUGGGCAUGUAGAUGUGGAGAGACCUGGGCAUCUUGUGUAGAUGUGGAGAGACCUGGGCAUCUUGUGUAGAUGUGGAGAGAGGUUUGUGUGGGAAACAUGAUCUUUAUGCUGCAGCAAUUCAACUCAAUUAUGGACUGUGAUGAUUUUCUAUUCAUGUUAUAUUUUUCUGUUACUGAUUGCUCUUUUUGUCAGUUUUUUCAUGUUUUGAUAAAGUGUAGCAUACCAGUUAUUGUAAGUAGUUACUAGAUGUCUGGGGUUUACAUCCCACUGGUGCUUGUCAUUUUAUAUCCAAAGAUGUCUUGUCCAGUUUACAUUGAGUCAGUGUUUACAUUGUUCCUACAUUUGAGGGAAUGGCUAGCAUACCCAAAGAUGUGCCUGCAUCUGGUUGAAUGUCAGUAAAUGUCCAGUGUGUGUCCAGUGUGUGUCCAGCGUAUGAAACCUCUCAGGGAUUAUGUUAUAGCAAACAGCAAAAGUUCUGACCUCAUUUUGUCUUUGGUUACAUCCUUACUUUAGCCAUGAUUCUCAUUUGUUAUGAUCUGCUCCAGCAUUGGAAACUGUAGAACACAUCCAUCUCUGCCUAGUCUAGGUUUAGCCCAGCCAAUGAGGGAUCAUGCACAUUUUGUAAACUACAAAACUACAGCAGUUUUAACCCACCACCCCUACCCUCUACAGCAGUAAUGUCAUAGACCACCCCACCUAAUAGGCCAUUGUGCCUACUUUUGUCACCUUAUAAAAUAGUUAAGUUAAAGUUAACAAUACCACAGAUCACCUUCCCUAUUCCCUCCCGUAUUAUAUAACACUCAGAUCUCCCCCCCCCCCUACAGAACAAAGAACUAUCAAAAGAUUUGAAUAAUUUAAAACUCCUUCAACUAGUAUUCUACAGUUAAACAAAUUUGUGUCUCUAUAUAUGGUUCCUGUAACUAAAAACUUGAAACAAAUGGUUACAACUUUAGAUUGCUUUUGAAGUUAAACGAAAUAAAUAAAACCAAAAGUUCUAGACAACAACCCUAACGCGCCCCUCCCCCC